AUGAUUAGAAUACCUACUGAUGCUAGUUCUAUUAACAGUAGCAAUAUUGGUGAUACCAUUAAUGUUAAUCAUACUGCUAAUAACAACAGCAGAGUGAUGACUAAUAUUUCUGGCACUGCUUCUAGCAUUAAUACCUGUCUUAUUCCAAGUAUUGCUGGUACAGAUAAUUAUGCUGCAAGUACUGGCACAUUUUGUACUCAACCAAACAAUUUUGAUGGUAACAAUUCUAUGAAAAACAAUGGUAUUAUAAAAUUACCCAGCAUUGCUGAAUUAUUCUCAAAUAGUAUUAAUACCAUUCAUAAUGUUAAUGAGCCACAGGUAUCUUCCUAUAAUUCCACAUUUAUUAAUUUUAGAGCGCCAAAUUAUUCUUUGGAUAGUACAAAUCCUAAAAGGUAUGCUUUUGCUAAUAGAUCCAGUGGGAAUACUGGCUUAUGUGGUAACUAUAAUAAUGAGGACUCCGGAAAUCUUUUUUUAUUUAACAAAUCUAUAUCACAACCUCUACAUAAUAUUAACAAAUACCACCAUAUUUCUGCUACUACCGUCACUGGCAAUAAACGUAUUGAGCAGGAUGUAAGUAAGAGAGAUAGAUUAGAUAACUUAUAUACGACCGUUCAAACAGUCGAAAACGGUAAAGAUUUUCAUCAAAAUCAUGCUACUACGAAGAAUAUUACGAGCCAUUCAGUACAGUGUUCUGAUUUAUACUCCAUUGGAAACGACGUAAAUGACAAUACUAUAGGUUUAGCUAAAGAUAUUGAUGAUUGCAAAAAAUGUAGAGAUGCUUUGAAUAAUUUGAGUACUUUAGUAGUGAAAUUACAAAAUUAUAAUAAGAAAUGGGAUACGAUUUUGAAUAAUGGCAAAUGUGACACUAAGAAUGGAAGCAACAACAAAAACAAAAACAGCAAAAACAACAAUCAUAACUCCCUUUACAAAUAUUUAGAUAUUCCGGAUAUCGACUAUGCUAUUGAAUUAAGCAAUUGUUAUGAAGCUAAUUUACAGAUACUAAUGGAUGUUAAAAAAAAAAACCUAAAACUUUACCCAGAUUCAGAUUUGGAGUCUUUUGCAGCCACUUCUAUUUCGUCUGGCUCUGAUUCUGCAUCUGCCUCUACUACUACUACUACUACUACUAAUUCUAGCUCUUUUCUUUAUACACCACAAAACCAAGCCCCCCAAUUAUAUGCUGGAAAGGAAAGUUGUGUUCCAAAUGAUGAGACCAAAUUUAGCUACACAGCAGAUGAUCGUAAUAACAUUAUCAUUAAUAAAAAGUAUAUUGCUCCUAAUAGCGGUAGUAAAUUUACUUUUGUUAAUCCUAUUUUUCGUAGACGGACUUUAUUUGACGCAUCCAAGACAAAUUAUCAUCAUAAUUACAAUAACUGUGAUGGAAGUUUGGUUAAUGGCUAUCACGGCACACAUAUACUCAGUCUUUCUAAUAUUUUGGCUAACACAUCCAAUUCGAAUGAAAGAUUACAUCCUCUUACAUUUAGAGAUAAACUAAACAUCGACAAUAAUGGGAAUAAUAUUAGUACUAAUGCUAAUAAUCGUGUUAGUAAUAUUAGAAUGGAAAAUAGAAAAAAAAGCAAGAACAAAGAUGAAAAGCAGUACAUUGAAAGUAAAGAUGUAAUUUUUCAGGCAGCUAAUAGAACCAAUGGUAGUUUGAGUAGGCUAGAAAAUGGACCUACUUCUUCUUUUUCUGAUGGAAGAAUUAAGAAAAGCAAAACUACAAAUAGAAGAAGGCUCUAUGGACCAAAUAUUAAUAGUAAUUCUAAGGAUGUGAAAUGUUUACAUUGCGGACAAAAUGAUACACCAGAAUGGAGAAAAGGUCCAUACGGAAGUAGGACAUUAUGCAAUGCCUGUGGAUUAUUCUAUGGCAAGUUGGUUAAAAAGUUUGGGGUUGCGAAUUCUAAUUUAUUGAUGCAUUAUAGAAGAUCUCAAAAAAUUGAGAAUAGAAGAGUUCCCAAAGCUGUUGAAAUUCCAGAAAGCUUUAUUAGCCAGUUUAGUGACAAAACAACUUAA